CUACGACUCCUUUCAGCUGCCCACCCCUCCUUUUCCUGCAAAAAUAUAUGCUAAUAAAACGCUUGAGGUGGCAUUUUAAAAAGAGAAAACUUACAUUUUAUUAUGGUAUAAAGAUAAUUAUAUGCCUUUGAUUGAUAUCCUGAUUUUUUUUGCGGAGACACAUUCCUGUCCCCACUUGUAUUGGAGUGAACGGCGAUAUCUACUUCUGGGACUGCAUGAAUCGAUGGACCCGUCCACAGCCCGCUAAAACAGCUGCACUACCAGGCUUGGCCGCUGAGCACUGGUGGAUUGCGGAGGUAUGCGCUGCAAGGUUUCAAGCGUUUCAAGCCGUUAUUAACCCCAAGAAGAAGUAACAGUCUGCGAGAGAGUGGCGUCACAGCCAGGUUGCAGCCGAGCCCUGUGUAUUGGAAAGUAAACAAGGCGAUGGAGAACUGCGGGCAUUUUCACACUCAGUUGCUUUCUAUUAUGGAGGUCUUGGCUAAUACGGCUGUUCUGGAGAUCUGUAAGCUGGUGGACGAUGGUUUUACCCACCUGAGGCUGGAGGUGUCCCGGACCCAGAGAGAGAACCUGGAACUGAAGAGCAAACUGCGUCUGAUGGAAGUUGGAGCCCCCGUCCCGCCGUUGGGGAGCUGCUCAGAAAGAGGUCACAAUGCUGAGCCUCUCCUUGGAGGUCGGGAUGGAGAAACGGACAUGCUGGAGGAGAAGCCUUUGGUGGUGAUCAAGCUGGAAGAGGAGCUGACAGGGUGCAUCAUGGGAGAAUGCCAUCGGGAGCUCCCUGCUAGCAGCAUGGUAGACGAGCAGCCCUCCCUCGCCCCUAAGGAGGAGUGGUGUGCUCCCCUGGUCUUCAUGUCUGGAGGGGACCGGCAGGAGGAGCAGGCCUGGUCUGGCAGCGGUCUGGUCGGUGGUCCGUCGCCCAGAGGGGGAGCAGGCUUCCUGCUGGGUGGGGUCUCAAGGCCAGCUCCUGGUCGUGGCGUUGCUAGGGGAGACAGCCUAUCAAAGGGAAGCAGGUCCAUCGAAAUGGGCGCACCCCGACGCCUCUCCUCCCGCCUCCUCACCCCCCGGCCAACGGGAGGAGCAAAGGACGGCAUUGGCUCCUCGCCGCUCUCCCUCCAGAACAAGAACCCCCCCCCCUCCUCCUCCUCCUCGUCCGUGAAGCGGACCCACCGGACCUCUCUAUCGGAGGGGAACGGUCGAGACCCCGCUCACCCGUGGGUCUUCAGCUGUCCAAUGUGCAGGAAGGACUUCCCCACCUCCAAAGGGCUGACGAUGCACCAGCGGCUGAGCCACGGCCCUGGCAGCAGCCAGCGCGCCGUGCGGCCGUUCAGCUGCAGCGUGUGCGGGAAACACUUCCUGCGGUCGAGCAGCCUCAAGCCGCACAUGAGCAUCCACGUGGGGGAGCCCUACGCCUGCACGCAGUGCGGCCGCCGCUACUCCUGCCGGGGGAACCUGGGCCGACACCAGGCCCUCUGCAACGCCGCGUCGUCCACGUAGCGGGUAGGGCUGGGUGUCGUGGCCAAUGUCCUGAAUCGAUUCGAUUUCGAUUCAUAAGGUUCUGAAUCGAUUAAUUAGUAGCGGGACAUCUGUCCGUAGAGUUGGAGCGCGAGGUUUUGUACAUAAAGUGACGUAGCGGGACGUCUGUCCGUAGAGGUGGUGCCGAGGUUUUGUACAUAAAGUGACGUAGCGGGACGUCUGUCCAUAGAGGUGGAGCGCGAGGUUUGUACAUAAAGUGACGUAGCGGGACGU